AGCCAGAGAGAGUCCACAGCCAACAUUCUGCAGCAGUGGACCAACACGAGGACCAGUGGACACCUACCAACUGAGAAAUAAAUCUGAAAGGAGAUCUAGGAAGUCAACAGAAGAAAAAUCGACUUGGGAGUUCUCAAAAGACGACAGCAUAAGGAGUGAAUACUAUAUCAGUGCGAUCAAAAGUGAGGUUUUUGACGACUUCGACAAUAACUUCAGGACAGCCCAAAAAAAAAUCAUACAAAAGAACAACAGAAAGGGCCUUCAAGUAGAAGACAACAUAGGUAAUGCGUCUUCUCAACAAAGACCUGCGGUUGCAAGACGUCACCCUCAUGUACCUCACUGUUUUGGCCACUGUGGUGGUGCUCUUGGUGGCAUCCUACCAGGCUCCUGCGGUCCACUCCAGACCCACCCUGGCCUACCACAUCCCCUUAGACCCCUCAGGCCAGCUGGAGCUUUCCUGGAACAUUAGCUAUCCCACACAGGAGGUCUAUCUAGAGGUGAAAGUCAAAGAGCUACACCACGGCAUUUUACUGGGCAUGUCCGAUCGGGGAGAGCCAACGAAUGCCGACUUGGUCCUUCUGUGGGAUGACGGUCACAAAUCCUAUUUUGGGGAUGCAUGGAGUGAUAAUGAAGGCAGAGUGAUGCUGGACACUCAACAGGACUAUCAGCUGCUGGAGACUCAUCAGUCCACUGAAGGCUUCUUCCUGCUCUUCAAAAGACCAUUCAGCACCUGCGACCCACACGACUACAUCAUAGAGGCAUGCACGGUCCACAUAAUCUACGCCAUGCUGGAGCAACCGAUCCUAUCUUUGCAUGAGCUCAACAUAUCCCGUCUCCAGCCUGGCAUCCAGCGAGUUCUGCUUCUGCGUCCAGACACUCCGUCCCCUGCUCUCCCGAGAGAUGCCCACACCCUGGAGGUCCUGGCCCCUGAUGUCAUCAUCCCCACACAGGAGACCACUUACUGGUGCCAUAUCUAUCAGCUCCCGCCUAAUAUGCCCAAGAACCACAUUGUCAUGUAUGAGUCUGUAAUCACUCCUGGUAAUGAAGCCAUUGUCCAUCACAUCGAAGUGUUCGAAUGUUCCCCUCAGAUCGACACCGUACCUCAAUACAGCGGCUCCUGCGAUUCAAAGAUGAAGCCCCGCAAACUCAAUUACUGCCGACAUGUUCUGGCUGCCUGGGCCAUGGGAGCGGAGCCGUUUUACUACCCUACUGAUGCUGGUUCGCCUCUGGGAGGAGAAGGUUCUUCUAGGUUCCUUCGUCUUGAAGUUCAUUACCACAACCCUCUCCUUAUAUCAGGACGCAGAGACUCCUCAGGCAUUCGUUUAUGGUACACUCCAUCUCUGAGGAGGUUUGACGCAGGCAUCAUGGAGCUCGGGCUAGUCUACACUCCUGUCAUGGCCAUUCCUCCCCGCCAGCGCUCUUUCCAGCUGACUGGCUACUGCACCGACAAGUGCACACAGACGGCUCUUCCUGUAGGGGGUAUACACAUCUUUGCAUCCCAGCUACACACUCAUCUGGCCGGCCUCGGGGUGAGAACCGUCCUGGUGCGAGGAGGGAGAGAGGUGGAAGUGGUACAGGAGGACAAACACUUCAGCACCCAUUACCAGAUCAUCCGUGUUUUAAAGAAGAUGGUGACUGUUUUGCCAGGCGAUGCUCUCAUCACAAAGUGCACAUAUAACACUGAAGACAGGAACAAAGUUACCGUGGGUGGUUUUGGGAUCAUGGAAGAGAUGUGUGUCAAUUAUGUCCAUUAUUAUCCCCGUACACAGCUGGAGUUGUGCAAGAGCCACGUGGACACAGAUUACCUGCAGAAAUACUUCAGUCUCAUCAACAGGUUUCAAGGACGUGAGAGUUGCAGUUGUCCUCAGACUACUGUGGAAGACCAGUUCUCCUCACUAACCUGGGACGGCUUCAGCGGGGAGGUGCUGAACUCCCUCUACAUCACUUCCCCCAUCUCAAUGCACUGCAACCAAUCCACAGCUGAGCUCUUUCCUGGUCAAUGGGAGAAACAGGAGAUACCGGUGGUGACGGCAGAGUUCCAGAGAGCCCCGUACCUGUGUGAAUUAAGCCCCAGAGCGGCCUCUCAGAGUGACAACCCUACAGAGGUCAGGUCUGACAGCAGCGCCUGAUGCCCAGACAUGCAUCUGCCUCCUGCGGAGUUCAAUCUUUACGAUUCUUUGCCUGCCUGGUGACUCAACAUCAGAUUCACAAAGCAGCCUGUACAAUAUGGAGGAGAUGUGCUUUAAAGAUAUCAUAUAAAAUCAAUUACUAAAGUACUGUUUUGUGUUUAGACUAUUAUUUUAGAUAUUACAUUAACAUUUGCUUGAGAAGGUGCAGUAUAUAAGGUAAGAGGCAGAUGUAAUGAUCAUCAGUGGAAGAAACAGCAUUUAUAUGGACAAAGGUGCACUACACUUAAAACGUAACAUUAUUAUAAAGUAUACACUGAAUACCGUCUACGAAAAUAGUAAAAUAUUACAUUUUAUGCAAUGAUAAACAUUUCAAAUAGUCGCAGGUUAAAUUAUCAUAUGACCUAAUUCCAUGCAUGCUUAAUUCCAUAUAUCUCAGAAAUACAAUUUAUUUCGAAUUUUUUUUAUAGUUAUUUUGUUUUGUGUAAAAACAUCUAAACAGACCAAUGAAAUGAGUCUGAACAAUGACACUAUUUUCUUCUAGAGCUGCUGUACAGCCAAACAACAUUGUUGCAUUAUUUUCCUGUUAUCACUGUAAAGCUGCUUUGAAAUAAUCUGCAUUGUAAAAGCGCUAUAUAAAUAAAGGUGAC